AUGGCGGUUAGACCACAAAUAUUGACAACUUUACGGCAGAUAGACCCUAUCCCGGUUAAGUUGGAGAUUCGUAAAGCUUCCUUGAACUUUUUGGCGGAUGACACGACCGAGGCGGAUGGUUUUUUUCAGGAGCUUUUGCUUUCUGUCUUGACCAAUACUUCGAUUCAAAAGCUCACCAUUUAUUUGGAAAACCUACAUGAUCUAAACACUUUGGCAAGCAAACGACUCGAGACGCUUUGGCCAGUGCUAUGUCGGCUGCCGUCACUUUAUGAAGUGGAGAUUGACGGGCGUCAUGAUUGUAUGCCAGCGCACGUGUUGAUUCGUUUUUUGGGAUGCGAUAACGUCGAUUGUUUUCUACAUGUAAGAAAAUUGACUUUGAAAAAUGUCGCAUUUAUCCAAGAAUACGAACUAUUGCCAUCAUUAAUUGUACAUUUACCCCGACUUCAAAGCUUGGAAGAUUUUUCAUGGAGGCGAUUCGCUUGUGUGAACAUGGGCAGAGAAGUGCGUCCGUUGCUGUUGACGAUCUUUGCUUUGCCGCGUUUAAAACACAUUCAUCUGGAAAACUUAUCUCGUGGAGUUGAUCAUCAAGAGCUGGCCCCGUGUAUAAAUCGCCUAUCUUCUAUUUCGUCCCUUCAAUCCUUGGCUUUACUGGGCUUCGAUUUCCAGGAAGAGAUCAGCCUGUCCGUUGCAUCCUUGCUACGACAGUCGACAUCUCUGCGAUCUCUGACGUUGGGAUCCACUUUGACGCCUAAGGCGGGGCGUCGUAUUUUCUUUGCCUUGUCCGAAAAUCUGACACUUGAACAUCUUGAGAUAAGGUGUUGGAGCGGGUGGCAGCGGGGUCACGAAGCGAGUCGUGCAUGGCGUACAUUGGCUCUGGUACUCUGCUACCAAAAUACCACGAUUAGCAACAUUCAAGUAUCAUUCGGUAGUUGUAACGGAAGAUCCUCAAAUCCACUGAGCAAUCCUCAUUGGAAAAAAGUAAAGCUUUAUCUUGAAGUGAAUCGAAAGGGCUUAAGAAGGAGACCGUUGUCCGAGGACGAAGGCAUUUUUUUGCCGAAUAUGUUGGCUACUGUAGCGCACAGCCAAUCUUGUCUGUAUCAGAUAUUGCGCUUGAACGUGCACCACCUCCCAAAUUUGAAGAACCCAAGCAACUGAAAUGUUAGCAGCCAGUGCUAUUCUUGGAAAGGGAUAUUGCGGCCCAGACAGUAUUGCAACCAUGAGAAGUGUUCGCGCUUUGUGUCCCGUUGGCAAUCUAAUCACAAGCUUUCAGCCAUGAAUCGAUCGG